AGGAAGUGCGUCAGAGGUUCAGCAUCGCCUGGACGGAAUUGACGUGACACUGUAAACAAUAAGGCUAAGCGGACUGACAGCAGACUGACACCGAGCCGUAAUGGGUGCUGUGCUGGGACUGUGCUCAGCAGCGAGUUGGAUCCCCUGCCUGUGCGGCAGCGCCCCCUGCCUGCUGUGCAGAUGCUGCCCGAGCGGGAACAACUCCACGGUGACCAGGCUGGUCUACGCCCUCUUCAUGCUGCUGGGCGUGGCCAUCUCCUGCCUCAUGAUCAUGCCUGGAAUGGAGGGACAGCUGAAGAAGAUUCCGGGCUUCUGUGACGGAGGGAUGGGGACGUCUAUCCCGGGAGUACAGGGCCACGUUAACUGCGAUGUCCUGGUCGGGUACAAAGCCGUGUACCGCGUAUGUUUUGGCAUGGCCAUGUUCUUCCUCCUCUUCUCCCUCCUCAUGAUCAAAGUCAAGAGCAGCCAGGACCCCCGAGCCGCUGUGCACAAUGGGUUUUGGUUCUUCAAGUUUGCGGCUGCAACUGCUCUCUCCAUCGGUGCUUUCUUCAUUCCAGAGGGACCCUUCACAACAGUGUGGUUUUACGUGGGCAUGGCAGGUGCGGCCUGCUUCAUCCUCAUCCAGCUGGUGCUGUUGAUCGACUUCGCCCACUCCUGGAACGAGGCCUGGGUGGACAGGAUGGAGGAGGGCAACUCCCGCUGCUGGUACGCAGCUCUCCUCUCUGCAACGACCCUCAACUACGCGCUUUCGCUGACAUCCCUGGUCCUGCUCUACACCUACUACACCAACGCCGAGGGCUGUGCAGAGAACAAGGCCUUCAUCAGCAUCAACAUGCUGCUCUGUGUGGGAGCGUCCGUCAUGUCUGUACUCCCCAAGAUACAGGAGGCGCAGCCAGGCUCUGGGCUGCUGCAGUCCUCCAUCGUGACCCUGUACACCAUGUACUUGACCUGGUCGGCCAUGACCAACGAACCCGACAGGAAGUGUAAUCCGAGCCUGCUCGGCAUCAUCGGCUACAACGGCACCAGCCCGGCCGGCCAGGACCAUGUAGUACAGUGGUGGGACGCGCAAGGCAUUGUGGGAUUGAUCCUGUUCCUGAUGUGUGUCCUUUACUCCAGCAUCCGGAACUCGUCCAACAGCCAGGUGAGCAAGCUGAGCCUGAGCGGGGACGAGUCGGCCCUGAUCGAGGACGGGGCGGGCCCGCCGGGCCGCUUCGAGGAGGCGGAGGAAGCACACCGUGCCGUGGACAACGAGCAGGACGGCGUGGCCUACAGCUACUCCUUUUUCCACUUCAUGCUCUUCCUGGCCUCGCUCUACAUCAUGAUGACCCUCACCAACUGGUACAGCCCCGACUCCAACUAUGAGACGAUGACGAGCAAGUGGCCGUCGGUGUGGGUGAAGAUGGCCACCAGCUGGACCUGCGUGGCGCUGUACGCCUGGACCCUGGUGGCGCCGCUCGUGCUCACUGAUCGCGACUUCGACUGAGGGCCAGCCGCGCACGGAGAGAGCUGCUGUUUGUAAAUAGCGUCCCCCCGCACACCCCCCCCCCCCCGCGUCUGACCGUGCGCGGUCCACCUCACUGCAUGUUAGAGUAGACGGUCGCCUCGCCAGGUCCGCAUGUGGUCGAGUAGGUCAUCUCUGUGCGAAGGCGGGAGAAGCGCGUUCUGGCGUGGCGGAGAAGCGCGUUCCGGCGUGGCGGAGAAGAGCGCGAUGGAGAAGCUGGCGAUGGGGGAACAUUCAGAACACUGACAGCCUCGAGGGCAAGUUAACAGGGCGGGUUUGUGCAAAGUAUUUUAGGAGUUUCUGAGAAGCAGAAGAGGAAGAAGUACCAAGGGAAGUGGACAGAAUGCUUCCUGAUUCUCCUGUUGAGCCCCUCGUGUUGUGUGAAGUGUAUCUGAAACUCCAUUCACUGACAUGUGCAUGGCUAUCUUUGCAGGGUUGUUUUUGAUUGCUGAAAUCAGCGUGGCCCCCUCUUAGAGUUUGCUUCCUGAUCCUUCUCCUGCUGUGAGCUAAGAAGAGAUGUAAAUGGAUUAGAAGAUCAGCGUAUUGUGUAACAGGUGCAUAUCUUGUUAGCUUGAUACUGUAUGUCUACCAUGUCUCCAUCAGUGACACCUCCCCCUCCCAGCUUUUAGUGGUAUACAGUAUUAGCCAUUGUAACUUAAGCUGUCAGAUUGUACAUAAAUUAUAAUCGUGGAACUUUGUUUUGAAUGACAGUAUUAAUCCUUUAUGUCUUGCACUUUAUUUUUUUCUUUUUCUUAGUGAUGUGUUUUAUGCCUAAAACUUUGGAUUUAGCUCUGGGGUUUGAAGUAAAAUGACCGAUGGGACUGAAGCAUUGAAAGGUAACUGAUGCUGAAUCGCGGGUGGACAUUACUAGCAUUGAGUGUUGCUGAGGCGCUAUUGCUGACUGUUACCAGGCAGACCCACAGAGGAUGCUGUUUUUACAGUGAUGACAUUAGGACAUUAUGGAGUUGACAUCUCUUCUGAUUCUGCACGUAGUUCCUGUUUUGUCUUUGAAAUGCACGUGCAUUGUAACUCCUAGCUUGU